AUGGCGGCGACUAAGACGACCGCGUUGGAAACAACGGACAUCGAGUUGACUCACAGAGACCAGGACACCCCCCAGAAAACUGGGACAGUGGUCGAUGAUGAUGAAAUGCACCGUAUGGGAAAAGUCCAGGAGUUCAAGAGAAAUAUGCGACCCCUGGCAGCCUUAAGUUUCGCAUCGGUCUUGCAAGCGACAUGGGAAUAUCUUAUCAUUUCGGACUACACUGGUUUGGAAGAUGGUGGUCUGGCCGGCAUGUUCUGGUCAUAUAUCUGGACUUUCAUUGGAUUCGGAUUCAUCAUCGCCUCCCUGGCGGAGAUGGCAUCAAUGGCGCCCACUGAUGGCGGACAGUACCAUUGGGUCUCGGAGUUCUGUUCGCCCCGACACCAGAAGUUCCUGAGCUACAUCACCGGCUGGAUGUCGGUUUUGGCAUGGCAAUCAGGAACAGCCUCUGGCUCUUUCCUCACGGGUACCAUCAUCCAAGGAUUGAUCAGUGUUCGCAAUCCCGAUUAUACUGCUCCGGGCUGGCAGGGCACACUGCUCGUGUUCUCGAUGGUUCUGGUGAUCUAUCUUUUCAAUGUGUAUGCCGCAGAGCUCAUGCCCAUUCUGAGUAACCUCCUGAUGAUCCUUCAUGUCCUAUCCUGGGCCUCGAUCUUGAUUGUGCUGUGGGCUAUGGCUCCCCACCAGUCUGCUGAAGCGGUCUUUGUCACAAAUUGGAAGAAUAUUGGAGGUUUGCCCACCAUGGGAGUGAGUGUGAUGGUUGGCCAGAUCUCUGCCAUCUAUGGCUGUCUUAGUUCCGAUGCGUGUGCUCACAUGUCCGAGGAGAUCAAGGACGCGGGUCGCAAUGUGCCAAGAGCGAUGUACUGGGGAUACUUCUCGAAUGGUAUUAUGGCCGCCAUUUUGCUGGUCGCCUACCUGUUCGCUACUCCCUCUGUCGAGGACUCCCUGAAUGACUCGAGUGGCUUCCCCUUCCUUUACGUCUUCAAGCAGAUCACAUCUACCGCGGGUGUCAAUGCGCUUGCAUCGAUUAUCUUGCUUCCCGUGAUCUUCAGCAACAUCCUGUUCAACGCAGCCACCUCUCGGCAAACUUGGGCCUUUGCCCGUGAUAAGGGUCUCCCUUUCUCUGGGUGGAUCUCCAAGGUCGAUAACAAGCGCAAGAUCCCCGUCAAUGCCAUCGCUCUCUCUUGCAUCAUUAGUUGCCUGCUUUCGCUUAUCAACAUUGGCUCCAGCACCGCAUUCAACGCUAUCAUUUCCGUGAACACGGCGGCUUUGAUGUUUACUUACACCUUUUCGAUCUCUUGUGUCAUCUACCGCAAGAUCUGGUGCCCUGAGACCCUUCCUGUUCGCCGAUGGGACCUUGGCCGUUGCGGACUGGUCGUCAAUAUCAUCGGUCUGCUCUACUGCAUCUUUGCGAUGUUCUGGUCAUUCUGGCCAACUGAGUUGCCCGUCACAGCUGACAAUUUCAAUUGGAGCAUCGUGAUCUUUGGUGCUGUUUUUAUUAUCAGCCUUGUGAUGUAUGCCGUGAAGGGAAAGAAGGAGUACGAGGGGCCGGUGGUGACGGUCCACCAAGACUAA